GGACGUCACUCCACAUUGACACAGUUCAGUCCUGAGAGAACAGCAGAGAACAAGUACUGAGUAUAGUAAUACUACAUGUGUACAUACUACAGAGUAAUAAUACUUCUGUUGGAUACUACUGUGUGCACUGAGUGUAGUAUUACUGCAUCUAGAGUACUGGGAACCCCUCCUCAUCCUGCAGAUGGACUCAUCAACGCCCCCUGGACUCUCUCUGGUCGCCUUCCUGUCUCUGUUAGCAUGUAGCAUCCAGGUGCUAACUGCCAUCCUGCUAACACACAGGUAUGGUGGGCGGAGCUCUGUGACGGACAAGUGGAUCCUGUUGUGGCUCUUCUAUGAUGUUAUUGUCCACCUGACGCUGGAGGGUCCGUUUGUUUACAUGUCUCUGGUUGGGACGUUGCAGUCGUCUGAAAGUCCUUUGGCUGAACUAUGGAGGGAGUACAGUAAAGCUGACAGUCGCUGGUUAGUUUUUGAUCCGACAAUCGUUUCCAUCGAGAUUCUGACGGUCGUCCUAGACUCUGUACUCGGAGUACUACUCAUCUAUGCAAUACUGAAUGACCAGUACUACAGACACUUCCUGCAGAUCACUUUGAGCGUGUGCGAGCUGUACGGCGGCUGGAUGACCUUCUGUCCUGAUUGGCUGAUGGGCAGUCCUCACCUGGACACGUCCAGCUGGCUCCACCUGUGGGUCUACCUGGUCUUCUUUAACGGACUCUGGGUCAUGGUCCCCGUCCUGCUGCUGAUCCAGUCCUGGUUUUCUCUGAGGAGUCUGCACGCCAUCGACCACGCACACAAGAGGAAGUGACAAGUGUUUUAAAAAUGGGUUUAGGUCAAAACCUGAAGAUUGAUCAGUGAAUUACUUUUAGAUUAGUUUGUCUAAUAUUCAUCUUUAAUUGAUUAUUUUUUUUCAAAAUAAAACAACAGUGACAGUU